CUUGAACGUGAGCCUUGGCAGACUGCGCCACUGCCUCGCGGCAAUGACGAUGCUUUGUACAGCCACGCAAUACCCUCAAAGACAAGAAGUUCAAGAUAAUAUUGGUACCUGCCCUUGUUCACCUGACUAACGACCGUCUCCCUGGUAUAAACAUACAGAAGUCUUUGUCCAACUUCACACGUCUAAAGGAGUUUACUCGCGCGUACCAGAAUCGCUAAAGCCCUUCGUGCUUCGUAUAAUCAUAGUUGCAUUUCUUAAGACAUCGCGAGCAUGUCGUGGCAAGGAUUCAAGAAAGGCGUCAAUCGCGCUACCACCCAGGUGCUUAUGAAGACUGGGCAAGUUGAGAGGACAAAUGACCGCGACUUCGAAACGGAAUUGAGGCGAUUUCGAGUCAUGGAAACAGCGGCGAACAAGUUACAGAAAGAGUCAAAAGGAUAUCUAGACUCCUUGAGAGCAAUGACCGCUUCGCAGAUGCGCAUAGCAGAGACUAUCGACGCAUUCUAUGGCGACGCUGGUGCCACAGACGGUGUUUCGCGAAGCUACAAGGAAGCGGUUUCAGACCUCGACGCAGAAACGAUAAAGGCACUUGACGGCCCGUUCCGUACCACCGUUCUCGACCCUAUAUCCCGCUUCUGCUCCUACUUUCCCGACAUCAACGCUGCCAUUACCAAGCGCGAACACAAACAGAUGGAUUACGACCGUAUGCGCGCACAGGUCCGGAAACUGACUGAGAAGCCAGACAAGGAUGUAACAAAGCUCCCUCGGGCUGAGAAGGAUGAACAACUUGCGAGAGUGCAAUAUGACCAGCUCAAUGAAACCCUUACCACCGAACUACCACAACUUAUCGACUUGCGCGUGCCAUAUCUGGAUCCCAGUUUCGAGGCACUCGUUAAGAUCCAAUUGCGAUUCUGUGCGGAGGCAUAUAGCCGUAUGGCACAGGUGCAGCAGUAUCUGGACGCGGACACGAGAGACCAAUAUGCACAAGGGAAUCUAGACGCACGGGUGGAAGAGGUUUUGCAAGAAAUCCGGGACUUGAGUAUUGCGGGAACUGUCUAAACCACAGAAACAUGGACAAGGCAUGGACAAUUGUACUACGCGGAGUUACAUGGAUGUUAUAGUGUCACAUUGGGUAUUCGCUACGGCAUACUGCGCAUUAUUGCCUAAUAUUACAUACUUGACCGAGGGUAGUCACAGAUCAAAAACCUUGGAUGCGCGCAUGAUCUCUGUUGUACACUUCCAA